AUGGCCGAGUUGCCCUUGCGUCUCGCCAGCGCCUCUGCCGAGGCCGAGCCCGGGCUGCCGCGGGCCUUCGGAGCCAGCGCGGGCGAAGUCUCUGCAGCGGUGCGCAUCCAGCGCGACGACAGCAGACGCCCGCUCCACUUUCUCCGCACCGCGCCCUGCUGGCUGCCGGCCGGAUCAGCGGGGACCCGAGUUGGCGAUCAAGAGGCCGCCUGCUGGGGCAACCUGGAACUUGUCAAGCUGAUGCUCAACUGA